AAGUGGAAUGAGUGGAAGGACGUCGACAAAUUCGCGCUGCUUUCGCAAGGCGGCCAUCAUACAACCCUACACAUGGAUAGCCACGGCUAUGGUACGUGGUUCACAGUCCAAGAAGGGUGGAUCGGGUUUGGCUGGAUGUCACGCCCGACAGAUGAAGAACGAGACUCGUGGAUGGCCAGCCCCGACUGCUACACUGACGGC